GGUGAUGGCAGAAGAGGAAGAGGAUAGAUCGCGUGCCCGGUCAGACGUCAGUGAAAGAGUCAGUGGUGCGCGGACCUCGGUAGAGUGAGGAUGUCUUUAGAGGUGUAAAGUAGUCUGUCAUAAGUUAAACAUCGCGCGGAAGAUAAACUUUAAACAACAAAAUUAUUAAUUCUAUUUUUGCCAAAGCAUUUGGCUGAGGCUAUUCCAAACUGUCAAGUAAAGACAAUCUUGUGCUAUACAUACGUUUCUUUUGUUUUCAUUUCGAGUGGUCAGGUCAAACACACGAGUAAACACGAGCGAAUUCAUCAUUUCUCAGAAAUUUUUCAACGGUAAAAUAAUAAAUGAAGACAUUCAUAAACAAAAAGCCCUGGGUUGAUGUCUAUCUAACCAGCAGGGACAGUUCUUCUGAAUGAUCAAGACGGUUCUUCGUUAAUCAUUGUCCCGGAAAACAUGUUUUUAACGUGGUCUACAUCAGUUCUACAAUUGUGGAAGUGUAUCAGAAAAGGUCGAGCACAACUAAGUGUCGUCCUGGUCAACAAUGAAUUGCAGUCAAAGCGCAAUGUUUGCGCGCGCGGAAACAACGUCCAGGUGGUCAAGGAAGCAUUUGAUUUUGUCUGGGCAUGUACGUCAUCUAUCCGGCGGAAGAGCUUCUUAGAAUCUAUGAGAGUCCAAUUCGCCGUGUGUCACUGACUUCGACCAUUGUCAAUCCACAUGACAGACUUAACUGCGAAAACAAAUUGCAGUGCUCGAGUCAGAAAAUAGUUCGAAAAAAUAGUAUCAGUUUCAAUAAGAAUAAUUCUAAGAGUAAUAAAGAUAAUAGUAAUAAUCGUCGGGUGAAAACUGAUAAAAAAAUAAGUGAUAGAGAUAAAAAAGUAAUAUUAAAUACUCGAGAAAAUAAUAAUAAAGGUAGUGAUUCUUUGGAGAAUAAGAAGAAACUCAAAAACUGCCCGAUUAUGCAAAAUAAUCGUAACGGAGAAGAGGGUAAUAAUCCCUUCAAGGAACUGACACAUGCAACCCUCAAUGAGCCACUCAAGCAGCACAAUGGAAAUGCUCUCAAGCUCGUUCAAACUGUAUCGGAGUUUGCUCAGGAGCUUGGUGUGGCAAUGGAAACUCAUUCAGCGAACGUGCGUCGACUUGUUGAUGAGUUUCGUGGUAGAUCAAAUGAAACUAGAAGUGAUGCUGGGGCGAUGCGUCGAGUAUGGGAAAACCUUCUAAGACAAGUUGAGGCUGAUGCUACAGCACAUCUUGAUCUUGCAGCGGUACUCCAGCAGCAGAUUUCUAGGCCAACUCAAGAGGCUAGUUUCUACCGAAAGCUUCAAUCUCGAAAGGUGUUCGCGCAUCGUGAGGCAUAUGAGCAAGUGGUAACCAAGACUGAGGAAAAGCUCCAACGUGCAAGAGUUGACUACAAGAGAGCAUAUGGUGCUUUGUUGACCAUUAAUGAAACAGCUAGUGAACAGGAGCAGAGCAAUCUUAAACGAGCUUACUUUGAGGCACAUAACGCCUACGUGCUUCAAUUACAUGCUACUAAUGCAAUUGCUGAGAGUUAUCAGUUCCACUGCCUACCAAGUCUUCUUGGAGAAAUAGCCGAGGUCUAUGAGGAACUUUCCACUCUUGCAUGUGGAUGUAUAUCCCGAAUCGCUGAAGCUGCUGGUGAAAGAUCUAAUGAGCAAGCCAAGAGAUUCCAGGCUGUUACCAAAGAAGCCCAGAAUAUCUCAGCACAAACUGAUCUACAACUUUUUGCUAAAAAUCUCUCCAGCACAGCUAUGCCCAGGAAGCCGCCUCGUCGGCUUUUUGUACCACCAUCACCACCAGAGCAAAUUCCAAUAGAGCGGAUUAAUCAGGUUCCAACUCUUAGGGAUGAGUUAAUAUCAUCUGGAAUGAGUGGUCAACCUACCCUCGAUGAUUUACGUCGAGAGUCUGAUGCUCUCAAUCUUGAAAUUAGUCGUGUUCAAGACUCGUUAGAUGCUCUUAUACGAAUGCAGCGCAAGAGUGCUGAGGGCAAUCUCUUUACCAAAGUAGCCGAGCUUCAAGAAGAUAUCUCGAUGAAACGCUUCGACUUGGGCGUCGCUCAUUUACACUUGGCUGCUGUACAAGCUCAGAAAGAGUUGUUUGGUGCUGGAGACGUAGGACCAGCAGAAGGAGUGAGUAACAGAAAACUAUCAAAUGGAUCAACUGGAAGUACGAAACAUAAAUGGCUCAAAGCCUUCAAAAGCCUUAAGACAAGUUCACCAACAACUCCACCAACUUCUGAUAAGCCAGCAAAACAGGCGAUGUACCAUGCAGUAUCUACGGUUGUAGCCAUGUCCAGAAAAAAUUUGGAAUCAGAAGGAGGUCACCAAUGGCGAGAAUACACUUAUCGAAAGAUAACACCAUGUGAUGCCUGUGGCCAGGUGCUACGAGGUCACAGCUGGCAAGGGCUCAGAUGUCGAGGAUGUAAGGCAAAUGCUCAUUCAGAUUGUAUAAAUCUAGUGCAGCCAGCAAAUUGUCCUAGUCUUGCACCAAAACGUAGUGGUGGUAUUCCUCUACUUCGUCGUCAGAAAAAUCCUCCAGCACCAGUCGAUGACACUCCCUCCACGGAACAGAGCGUUGAUGCUACAUACCAGGUGUUGAAGCAAGCGGGUGAGAUUCGUGGGAAUUCAACCAACUCACCACCCACACCUCCAACAGCAGAUCAUCUUUCCUCAGCUGGACCACCUUCGAGGACAAUUACUUCCCAUCCUUGCUCCUCUUCUACCUCUGAUAUCAUGAAACACGAAGCACCGCAUAGUCCACAACGCCGUCGAGAGAGGUUGAAUCUGCGAAUGAAGAGUCUCAGCUUAGAUUCUCCAGAGGGAUCUGCCCAUGUUCGUCAUCGUCCAAGGGACUAUUAUAUAACCCAGAAGGAUGGAACCCCCCCAAGACGUUCAGAUAGUGGCAGUAUCAACCGUUUAUCCCCUUGUAGUUCGGGUCACAGUCAUUCGGUUCAUGCCCGACAAGGUCGAGGAGCAAUUAGAAUGUCUAGCAUGGAACUUCCAGACGACAAUGACAAAUCCUACUCAUCAGCAAGUACUUCACCUUGUCCUUCACCCCACACGAACAAUCAGAACCAUUUGAAUUUACCUGGCAAACGAGUUCUUCCUCCUAAUAAUCUUUACGUCGUUCUCUAUAAUUUUGAUGCUCGUCACCGGGAUGAACUUGAUCUAAAAGCUGGUUAUAAAGUCACAGUGAUUGACAAGUCAGAAAAAGAUUGGUGGAAGGGUAAAUGUUUAGGUGGUAGAGUUGGUUAUUUUCCUAGUGCCUAUGUGAUGAAAAUCGAGUCAGGUCAAAAAACUCUACAAGUUACUAGGAAUCUUCAAUUAUCAGAUCAAGUGACGUUACUUCGUGAUCAAAUUGUGAUUCAAAUCAGCGAAGAAGUGGAUGGAGUAGCAAUGGUACGAUGUGCAGCAGAUACGAAAUCUUCCAAUCAUGUUACUGAAGAAGGUGAUGUGAGAUUCCGAGAAAUUUUAUGUCCUUUAAAAUUCCUUCAGGAAGUGUGACACCAACCUUACAAAGCUAGUUAUUCUGAUUCGA